GAAACACAAGCAGGUGUAUGACGUAAAACAGUCGGCAAAUGCAGUUAACCGUCCGUCCAUCAUCAGAAUAAUCCGAGAAACAUUUACACAUAUCCCAUACUUAAAACAUAGCCGCAGCAUAUUUAUCACGCAGCAAAGCUGUCCUUACCGGAGAUUCAACAUGACAUAAGGGCCCGUGGAACCUGACCUGCUCUAAUCUGACUCUUCUCUUUAGACACCAAAGAUUUUUCAAUCUCCUCGAUCAUGUCCAGUAGUUAUACUCCAGCCCCUGGGGGCCCUUUUUCGGCCCUCACACCUAGCAUGUGGCCCCAAGACAUCCUGGCCAAGUACUAUCAGAAAGACCCCAGUAUGGAAUCAGAACUGCAGUAUGAUGAAUUUGGGUUCAGGAUCGAUAAUGAAGAUGGGGUGGAGACACGGAAAUGGUUACAUAGUGAAGGAUCCCCUCAGAGAGAAGACCCUCAGCAAAGACUUCGCUGGCAGGCCCACCUGGAGUUCACCCACAAUCACACUGUAGGAGACCUGACCUGGGACAAGAUCUCACCUACCUUGCCUCGGUCAGACCGCCUUCGGUUGCUCGUGCUGGGGGGCAUACCGCACAGUAUGAGACCACAGUUGUGGAUGCGUUUGUCUGGGGCUCUUCAGAAAAAAAGAACAUCUGAAAUUUCUUACAGAGAAAUUGUUAAAAACAGCUCAAAUGAUGACACCACAGCAGCCAAACAGAUAGAGAAAGAUCUUUUGCGGACGAUGCCUACAAAUGCAUGUUUCAGCACUAUGUCAAGUGUGGGGGUGCCCAAGCUCAGGCGGGUCCUGAGAGGGCUGGCGUGGCUGUAUCCAGACAUUGGUUAUUGUCAGGGCACAGGCAUGGUGGUGUCGUGUCUGUUGUUGUUCCUGGAGGAGGAAGAUGCUCUUUGGAUGAUGUGUGCUCUGAUAGAGGACCUUCUACCUCCCGCAUACUUCUCCUCCACUCUGCUGGGUGUGCAAACUGACCAGCGUGUCCUCAGACAGCUUAUAGUGCAGUACCUGCCCCGCCUAGACCAUCUGCUCCAGGAGCAUGACAUUGAGCUGUCUUUAAUCACGCUGCACUGGUUCCUCACUGCGUUUGCCAGCGUGGUGGACAUCCGUAUCUUGCUGCGAAUCUGGGAUCUGCACUUUUAUGAGGGUUCAAUAGUACUCUUUCAGGUUACACUAGGGAUGCUGAAGAUCAAGGAAGAAGAGCUCGUGUCCUCUGAGAACUCUGCAUCCAUUUUCAACACGCUGUCAGAUCUGCCCAGUCAGUUAGAAGAUGGGGCAGCAGUGCUGGGAGAGGCCGUGCGCCUGGCAGGAUCUCUGUCUCAGGAAAACUUGGAUGCACACAGACAUAAACAUCUAGCAUAUAUUUUGGCAGAGCAAGCUCAGCAUAACUCCAACAAUUCCCACUCCCUCAAUACAAACCUCAACAAGGUGGUCCGCAGACAGAGUCUGCGCAGGAAGUCCACCCUGAGCUCAUUGCUGUUUGGAGAAGAUGAGGUUGAGGCACUGAAGGCCAAAAACAUUAAACAGACGGAGCUGGUGGCGGCACUGAGAGAAGCUAUCGGACGCACUGCAGAACACUUUCACUGCCUGGACCCACGCAACAGCAGCAUGGAUUUGACACCUGACUACUCUAUGGAAAGUCAUCAAAGGGAUCACGAGAACUUCCUUGUCGUGUCUCGGAAUCGACGGAGACGAGCCAAAGCCUUAUUGGACUUUGAACGGCAUGACGAUGAUGAGCUGGGCUUCCGGAAAAAUGACAUCAUCACAAUCAUCUCACAGAAAGAUGAGCACUGCUGGGUGGGAGAGCUGAACGGUCUAAGAGGUUGGUUUCCUGCUAAAUUUGUGGAAGUCCUAGAUGAAAGAAGUAAAGAGUACUCACUGGCAGGAGAUGACACGGUAACCGAGGCCGUGAAUGAUUUGGCUCGUGGGACGUUGUGUCCUGCACUCAAGGCUAUCUUUCAGCAUGGCCUGAAGAAGCAAUCCAUACUGGGUGGACCUUGUCAUCCAUGGCUUUUUAUUGAAGAGGCAGCCAGCAGAGAAGUGGAGAGGGACUUCAACUCUGUUUAUUCCAGAUUGGUGCUGUGCAAGACCUACAGGUUAGAUGAAGAUGGAAAGGUGCUGACACCAGAAGAGCUGCUUUACAGAGCAGUGCAGUCGGUCAAUAUGAGCCACGAUGCUGCACACGUUCAGAUGGAUAUCAAGUUCCGCUCGCUCAUCUGCGUGGGGUUAAAUGAGCAGGUAUUACACCUGUGGCUGGAGGUACUGUGUUCCAGUAUGAAUGCAGUGGAGAAGUGGUACCAUCCCUGGUCCUUCCUGCGCAGUCCUGGCUGGGUCCAGAUAAAGUGUGAACUCAGAGUUCUCUCAAAGUUUGCCUUCAGCCUGUCUCAAGAUUGUGAGCUGCCUACCAAAAAAGAGAAGUCUUCCGUUCUGAAAUCUGACGUGGUGGAUGUCUUGGUCCAACAUCACCUGUUUAGUUGGGACCUCUAGGAAAAGGAACAAAGACCUCUGAAAGAGGGAGUUCAGGACAUGCUGGUGAAACAUCACCUCUUCAGCUGGGAUAUAGACGGCUAAACCAUCAGCUCUUCCCUACAACCUGAGAAUUACACAAGCUGCCAAAUUCCACCCUUCUUUUCAAAUCAUCUGCAGAAAUACAAGGACCAUGUGAAUGAUUAUUUUCAGCUUUUUAUCAUAUUGAAAUGGUGUUUGUGUCUUGGUGCAUUAUAUACACAGAGGUGACUUGUCAUUCAGAGGGCUUCUGAUGUAACUGUAUAAAUGUCGUCCCACACCUCCAUUGCCAAGAGGUCCUCGAAAUGAAAUGGCGGUAAGGACCUGUGUGAUCUGCCUGCUAGCACUUCCUUCCUUUUUAGUAAGAUAGAUGUUGCACCAUUUGGGGCAUGACUGCAGUGAUCACGAAUGUUAGAUUCGCACAACUCGUUUGCUUUUGCUUUGUCAAGCAAUGUAAAAUCUUUAAGGGAUUUUAAAAACAAAUACUCUGCAGACCAUCUGUUGUUUCACUGUGACUAAAACACCCCCAUCUGUAAUCUUAAAUGAACAUGAAAUUGCAUCAAAUAAUGGUUUAAUAAUGGAGGGAAUAGAGAAGACUCAUAUACUUUAAUCAGAUCUGUCUCUUGUGUGCUCAAGCAGAAUUGUCACUGAAGUGUAUAGUUUAAAAGCACCCGAUGGGGCUGUGAAGGAUGUCAAUUGUUUCAUUGUUGGCUGGUGGAACAAUGAAUCAUUGUGUUACAUAUUUUGCCACUUCUAAUAAACUGUAUAAAGACAAAUUAGGAUUUACAUUUUGUAUGUAAAUUAGAUGAAGGUGUUUAGGUAUGUAAUGGAAAUGAUGUACUACUCAUAGUUGAAUUGCAGGCUUUGCUGUAGAGUCAAAAUGAUGUAGCAGGAUCAUUACCAAGACACAAGUUCAAUUAAAUGAUCCUUUUCUUGUUCCUGUAAUAAGGUUGUUAUUACUACCAACAGGGAUUUGAUCAUAUUCACAUACACUUAAUGUAAAUAAAUCUAUCUGUAAGAA